CUGUCUGCUGUUACCUACGGAAGACGUGCUUCGCAUCGGCCCCGUGUUGCUGAUCGAUUUAUUGCGUCCAAAUCAUCGACACCUCGGAAUUUUCGGUGCCAAUCGAACGAGCAAGUCUUCCCGGUCACGGGGAGGUAUCGGCAGUGAGUGAGUGUCGAUUUUUGGCGAUUUUGUGGGAGUUUGCGUGUUCGCCGGCCGGGUGGGGCCGCUAGGCCUAACUCGAGCACGUCGGAUCCUUUCGGCGGUUCUACGGUGGAUGUGGCCAAGAAUGGCGGUCCGAUGGUCGUCUCGAUGGUCGGGGAGGAUGUCGACCCUGAUUUUUGUGCAGGCUGGAUGCGCGCUCGGGCACGCGGGGGUACUCAGGUGGAGAAGGAGCCCAGGCCUAGUUCCUACGUGGCCCGGAAGGUCAUCGAGAAGGUCGAGCGCAUGGGGAGGAUGCCGAGAGUGGGACUGGAGGGCGAGAACAAGGUGGUGGUGAGGCCGCGAGGUGGCCUGGAUUUGAGGAAGACGUCGAUCGUCGUCGUGGCGGACGCAAUCCGGGCGGCGGCUGGGAUCUCGGAGGAGGAGGCCUCGUUGGAUACGCAGUGCCCGAACGUGCAGCAAAAUGUGGUGGUCAUCAGUACGGGGAGCGACGCCAGGGCGGUCAAGUAUGCUGCGGUGACGUGUAUCUGCGUGGCGGGGAGGUCCUACGAAGUGCGGGCUUACGUCACGGCUCCCUUUGACACCGUCAAGGGGGUGAUCCGUGGCGUCCCGGUGCACCAUACGGCGGAGGAGAUUGAGCGACUUCUCAUCGGGCCCAGGAACCCGACGGUGCGAGCGGCGGAGCGUAUCGGCUCUUCGGCAACGGUCGUGGUGAUCUUUGGGGGUGACGUAGUGCCGCAUCAGGUGUUCUACGGCGGGAGUGUGUUGCGGUGCUCCCUGUACAGGAAGCACUAUGAGGUGUGCAAGACGUGUGGCCGUGUCGGUCAUCGAACUGAUGUGUGCCCAACCCCCGGCGUCAGACGGUGCUUGGGAUGUGGCGGAACUCCGGACCCGGGACAUGCGUGUAGUCCCAGAUGUGGCUUGUGUGGGGGUCCACAUGUUACCGGGGAUAAGGUGUGUAAUAAUCGGUUUCGUACGCCGUACAUCGUUCAUAGGCGGCUGUGGGAGAGAGCGGAGCGGGGUCUGUCCGGGGAUCGGCCGUCUCCUCCCCCGCGGGGUUCUGCGGAAGAAUACUCUAGGCUGGGGAGGUCUCGCUCGAGGUCGCGCGAGUCUGAGAGGCCGGCGGCACGUAGUCGCAGCAGGAGCACAAGUGAUCAGGUCACGUGGGCCCAGGCGGUGCAGUCUGAUCGGGGGAAGGUUGCUAAGAUCCGCAAGGAUCGCAGUUUGCGUGAGGAGAAUCGUAGGCAAGCUGCUGAGGUCGUGGAGCUGAGAAGGGAGAACAAGAAGUUAGUGAAGACCGUGGAGGAGCUGAAGGCACUGGUCGAGGGCUUGGUUCGUCGGCUGGAGAGUUCGGCUCCUCCCUCGGGACCGGAGGACUCCGCCCCUCCCGCCAAGCGCAGGAGUGUGGAGGCUCGCAGACGUAGGGGGGAGGGUGUUGAGGACAGGUUUGAGGAGAUUGAGGGCCGUGUCGGUGUGGUGGAAGACGGGGUGAAACAGCUUAACGAGAAAAUGGAUUCGAUCAUGAAGGUGCUAACGGCGAUGCAGGGUACUUUACAGCGAAAUUCAGAGGGACAAUGGCAUCAACCUUAAAUAUCUGGGUCUGGAACUGUAACGGUUUUAGGAGUAAGAGGGCCAGGUUACAGCAGUACAUUAGGGGUAGGGGGGUUAAGCCGGAUGUGAUAAUGGUUCAGGAGGUGGUACGGGAGGAUGUGAGUCUCCCCGGCUACGUCACGUACCGGUCUAGUGGGGGUCCUGCGGGCCGCCGCAGGGGGGUCUGCACGUUCGUGCGGCGGAGUCUUCCGGUCCUAGUGCACGAGCUUAAGGGGGACGAGAACGUCGAGAGGGUGUUGACCGAGGUGUUAGUGGGUAGAUUGGGGGUCUGUCUGUGCAACGUGUACAGUAAUCCGCGUUUCGGCAGACAGAGGUUCAGGAAUCUGCUGCAUGGAUGUGCGCGUUGGGCCGAUGGCAGGGGCUUAGUCGUUUCCGGGGACUUUAACGCUAGGCACGAGUUCUUGGGCCACGCGGCUACCACGGUCAAGGGGAGGAAUUUGUUCCAAGACGCGGAGGAGGUGGGGCUGAUCCUCGUCACGGAUCCGGGGGUGCCGACGCGGCCCGCGCGGAACGCGAUUGAGAGGGAUACCACCCCGGACCUAGCCUUCGUGGACGCUCCCGGGGCGGAGUGGCGGAACGCGCUGGAGGAUCUGGGUAGCGAUCACCGUUUAGUGGAGCUCUCGGUUCCCCUGGCGGUUCGGAGGAAGGAGUUUAGACCCCAGGGGUUGGUGAACUGGGAUGCCUUCAGGCGGCUGGGUCCAGAGGGGGAGAUAAGCGAUUUGGGGGAAUGGUCCGCGAGUUUGGUGGACGCUGCCAGGUCGGCUGAGCGGCCCGUGGUGGUGGAGUCGGAGGAUGUGGGGCUGGUGGAUAGCAGGUUAGGUGCGCUUGUCGAAGCCCGGGACUCUCUGCGGAGCCGUUAGCGGGAGCGGAAGAACAACCGUGCGCUGCGGAAGCGGGUGGCGCAGUUGAAUGAAGAUAUUCGGAGGCACUGUGAGGCCCUGUCUAGGCAGCAGUGGGACGAUGUGUGCAAUAGGGCGGAGGGCAAGAUGCAUAGUGGAGACACGUGGAAGCUGCUGCGGCACCUGCUGGACGAGUCCAGGACGAGGAGCUUCCAGUGUAGGAGAAUGGGGGAGGUUGUCGGUCGGGCUGUCAGGGAGCUUGGUGAGGAAGGGGUUAGAAGGCAGUUGUUGGAUACGUUCCUUCCGAGUUGCGGCAGGGAGGUCCACCCGGAGUACACGGGGGUUGACAAUGCCGAGUUGGAUAAGGAUUUCGAGCUGUGGGAGGUUAGGGCUGCCUUGCUGCGGAUUAAUCGGAGGUCGGCGCCCGGGCUGGACCGGGUGGAUAAUAAGAUGCUUGGUAACUUGUCUGAGGAGUGUUUGGAGGCCCUGCUUGAUUUCUUCAACAGGUGCUGGAGGGAAGGGAAGCUGCCUGCGGAAUGGAAGAAAGCCAAGAUGGUUCUUAUUCCGAAGCGUGGGAAGCCACCGGGGCUCCAAAACCUUAGGCCGAUCUCGCUCACUUCCUGUGUGGGGAAGGUCCUGGA